GCCAGCGUGGUUGUGGGCCACCCCCUGGACACUAUCAAGACUCGUUUGCAAGCUGGACAAGGAUAUGGAAAUACACUCAACUGUGUUCUCACUGUGUACAGAAAUGAGUCUGUGGCUGGCUUCUUCAAAGGCAUGUCCUUCCCGCUGGCCAGCAUUGCCGUCUACAGCUCCGUGGUGUUUGGCGUCUUCAGCAACACGCAACGGCUCCUCAGCCAGCUCCGCCAUGGAGAUUCAUCUCACACACCAGCGCUUGCUGACGUGGCUCUGGCCAGCAUGGUGGCAGGGUUCGUCUCCGUGGGCAUCGGCACUCCUGUGGACCUGGUAAAGAUAAGGCUACAGAUGCAAAUGCAGCCAUACAUCAAAGCAAACAUUAAACUAAAGCCCACCAUUCCUGGAUUUCCUGUGUACCGAGGCCCAAUUCACUGUUUUAGGACAGUCCUACAGAAAGAGGGGAUAGCAGGAAUAUACCGAGGUGCGGGAGCAAUGCUUCUGAGGGAUGUUCCUGGGUACUGCCUCUAUUUCACCCCUUACACGUUUUUCUGUGAAUGGAUUACCUCUGAUGGAUGCAUUUCCCCUAAUCCCUCCUCCAUCUGGCUGGCAGGGGGUGUAGCAGGAGCCAUUUCCUGGGGGACUGCUACUCCAAUGGAUGUUGUGAAAAGUCGACUUCAGGCAGAUGGAGUUUAUUUAAACAAGUACAAAGGGACCCUUGACUGUAUCUUGCAGAGCUACCAGAACGAGGGCUUAAAAGUCUUUUUUAGGGGCAUCACGAUCAAUGCAGUGCGAGGAUUCCCAAUGAGUUCAGCCAUGUUUCUUGGCUAUGAACUUUCCCUCAAAGCAAUGAAAAGAGACCAAACUGAGACCAAUCCUUAACUUCCAGCGUUGCCAAGAAGACCUGAAAGUCUCCUACUUUCCUGAGCCAAAUCAGCAUGUGGUGUUGGUGAAGGCUCAGCUGCUCUGACCGAAGACUCCCAUCCUGCACCUACAGCAUCUGCUUUCUCUUCUGCCACGGGCUUAGUCCCUGGAGGACUCCAAAAACUGCACCAGCUCAAUCAAAUCCAAAGACCAUUUUCUUAUCUUUCACUCUGUUGUCUAAAAGCACCUUAAUAAUUCCCAUGGUAGUGUUGGGCUUUAUCACCGAUGACAUUUUCCCAUUGAGCUGAGAGAACAAUUUACUUCCCUUACCCACACAAGUGAGACACCCAAACCCAGCCCACCCGACAUCAGCCAAGGGAGCGUCUUUUUUACAACACUGCGUAUAAUGCUCGACUUUUUUGUGAACAAGGAAAGGAGGAGGUGUGGUGGGUGUGCAGGUGCUUUUUGUGUAGGAAGGUCUGGAUUCCCACCAAAUCCUAGCUUGCUUUCAGCAUCAAAGCAAUGGAUGACUCCACCCGUAUGAACGGAUACUCGUGUUUUACAUCACAGAACUCUCCAGUUUGCCACAAUUUAACACGUUAUCAUGAAAAAAUGCGAAGGGCUUCAACAACUUCAGUUUGUUAUCCAAGGUAUAAAUUAAAUUGGGAAACAGGAGGACAUUAAAUUCAGAGACUAAGCUGCUCUUUUUCUUCAGAAAACAAUAAAAUAAGUCUGCAUUUCAUA